GGUCCCUGCUCUUUUGAUGAGUAUAUGAAGCUUCGACUCUGCUCUUUGAAACGGGCUUUGAUUUUCUACAGUCCUGUCAGAUUACAGAGCUUUCUCGUUGUCUAGAACAACUGACUCAGUUCAGACAUUAACGAAGUCUAUUCCGGCCUCAUAUACACGUUUGUCUUCUCGAAUUUUACCAUCAUGAAUUGUUCUCGCCUCACAUCCACGUUACUAGUCUCAGCUUUCGUCUGCGCCAUUUCAGUAUUUGCUUCAGAUUCAGCUUGUUUGAAGAAAUGUCUAGACACUACCGAAACCCCAUCCUACUUCAGCGAUAGUCCUCAGUGGGCCAGCUUGAUAGAACCUUUCAAUCUUCGUCUCAACUACACUCCAGCUGCAGUUGUCACUGCAGACAACCCUGAACAUGUUUCGCAUGGUGUGCUUUGCGCCAGGAACUGCCAUAUCAAGGUCCAAGCAAAGUCCGGUGGUCACUCUUACGCAUCCUUCAGUUCCGGUGGUCAAAAUGGCAGCUUGGUGAUCGACUUGGCAUCGCUCAAUACAGUCACCGUUAACCAGGCUGAUGGUACUGCUAUCAUUGAAGGUGGCGUUCGUCUUGGUAAUGUAGAUGAUAUGCUCUAUGCGCAGGGCAAACGUGCUAUGAGCCAUGGCACGUGCUCUAAUAUCGGCAUCGGGGGUCACAUCACUCAUGGAGGUUACGGAUACGAUUCGCGUUUGUGGGGCUUGGCACUUGAUCACCUCAUAGCUAUGGAAGUCGUGCUCGCUGAUGGCUCAAUCUCAACCGUCUCUCCAACUGAAAACGAAGACGUCUACUGGGCUCUUCGUGGUGCAGCAGAUAGCAUAGGCAUUGUCACCAAGUUUCAUGUGAGAACUCAGUUGGCUCCGGAGAAGCUUGUGUACUGGGUCUAUGAUCUCACCGAUAUCCUUAUCGAUGUACCUACCUCGGUGGCUUCUCUCCAGGAAAUCCAAGACUUUGCUCUCAAUCCUGAAUUUCAGGACCGACGUUCCACCUGGGGUUGGUUCCUUGGACCCUCUACUUUCCUAUUGCGUGGCAAGUUCUUCGGUACUCUGGACGAAUGGAACAAUCGCAUUGCACCAGAACUUCUAAAAGGCCUCCCGCCCCCGCGCACUGGAUCUGGUGCAGCGACAGAUGUUCGUGAGGUCAGCUGGCUGGAGAGCCAAGCCCUCUUCUAUGGUUUCGAAGAUAUCAAUAGUCUUCAACAGCCUGAAGAGCCAGGCCAAUACAACACCCACGACAUCUUCUACGCCAAAAGCUUGACAAUCCCCGACCCUAUGACUGAAGCUGCCAUGACGGACUACUUCACCUAUGCUGCUACUCAAGGCGCAACAGUCGCCGCGCCAUCUAGCUGGUUCUCCAUCGUCAACCUGUAUGGAGGACCGGAUAGUCAGAUCAACAUCUACGAUGCCGAGUGGAGCUCCUACAAGGACCGCGACAGCAUCUGGGUCGUUCAGAACUAUGCUUCUGUUGCCGCCGGCAACGUCUUCAACGAGGGUCUAAGGCCCUUUCUCGAUAAUUUCAACGACGCCAUGACCGAAAGUAUGCCUGAAACAGCCUUUGGUGCGUACGCAAACUACAUCGAUCCUGACUUGACCGCCGAGGAAGCCCAUUUCCUGUACUAUGGUGAAGAUAUAUACCCAAGACUGCUUGAUAUCAAGAUGAGGGUCGAUCCUGACCAGGUCUUCUACAACCCGCUCGCUGUCGGUGUUGGUGACUUUUAAGCGCGGAAGGUUAAUAAGGUAUAGCAUAUCAUAGCAUAUGCAUCCAACUAGGUAUACUAUAUUACAUAGCUACGGUACAUCAUAA